GUCCAAUCUUAUUCGCUUUUGUGCCCCAUUUUUUCUUCGAUUGUGGCCCCAUUUUCUCCCCACAAAAGUCUCUGUCUAUUUAUCUUCCACCAUCACUCCUUUUAGAAAACAGACAUUCGCCACAGAGAGAGAGAGAGAGAGAGAGAGAGAGAUAUGGGUAACAAGAAGUUCAGGUUAUCAGAAAUGAUACCAAAUGCCUGGUUCUACAAGCUGAAAGACAUGGGCACGAGAACUAGGAACCCAAAAAACACCAUCAAUCCCCCAACCAAAAAGAAAAAACAGCCACCCACCACUUCAUCAUCAUCAUCAACAUCAACAACAUCAUCUCUCACUUGUUCAUCAUUAUCAUCAUCAUCAACAUCAUCAACCACAACUACUACUUCAAUUCCACCACAGAAUUCAAAAACACAAAGCCAACCCCAAAGCAUCCUCUCUCACCAGCGCAAGUCUUAUUACUUCACAAGAAACCUCAAUCCACCCCCUAUGCAAGACCCAAAAUCCCAACAAACCCAUUUCCCAGAAUCCCCCAAAAAAUCACCCAAACAAUACCCAGAAACCCAUUUCCAAGAAUCCCCAAGAAAAUCACCCAAACAGAAACGCAGCAACAACUCAAAGAGAAGAGCCAUAGCCUCUAUUAAUAAGCCAUUUUCUCAAAAGCUCAUCACCACCUCUGUCUCCGCCGGUUGCGGCUGCCGCGCCUCCCUCGAUUUAAAAUCCGACGACUACCCAAUUUCCCCCCUCGAUAGUUCAUCCGAUCAUGAAUCUCUCUUACCCGAAUUGGGUUCUGACCAUGACCGAAAUCCCGAAAUCGACAUCGUUUUUGACAUAAACGACAACUCACCGAACGCAAAAUCCGACGGAUUCAGAGUCGUUACCGCUGUUGAACUACAUCCAAUCCUAACCAGAAUGGAUCAGAAACCAAGGAAAUCAGUUGAAUCUGAGGGAAAAAAUGUUCAGUCUCAUGGGUAUACUAGUAAUGUCACAGAACAGAGGACAAGCUCUGUUUCUGUGUCCUCUGUUCGGAGACUUUCAGUGAGUUCACCAGGAGUGAGAAUUCGCACUAAUUCUCCUAGAAUUGGCAGUAAGAGGGUUCAGGGGAAAGGCGGCCGGGGCCGGAGGAGCGUGUCGGAGAGCUUCGCCGUGGUGAAGUCGUCGGCUGACCCGAGGAGGGAUUUCAGGGAGUCAAUGGUGGAGAUGAUCGUAGAGAAUAAUUUAAGGGCGUCUAAGGAUUUGGAAGAUCUCCUUGCUUGUUAUCUUCAGUUGAAUUCGGCUGAGUACCAUGAGGUGAUUAUCAAGGUGUUCAAGCAAAUCUGGUUUGAUCUUGCAAAUGUCAGGUUGAAAUAAUCAAGAAGCUCAAUAACUGAAGUAAUAUGUAUUUAUGUAUUGGUAUACCAUCUGGUUCCGAAUGAAAGCUUUUGGCUUUCUGCAGUGGAGCAAAUGGUGGUUAGGCUCGUUGUAUAUUUUUUAUAAGAUAUAUAAAAUGCAGUAUUUACCUAUUA